GAUUGGUUGGCGUAGGGGUGGCUGUCUUAUGUGCUUACUUUUACCAACAUCAUGUCCUGCAGGAACCCGGGCACAGAGCUGGAUCUCGGCUGGAUCUCCAGGGUUCGGGUCAAUCAACCCGCCGUCCUCCGCCGGGCGGAGCAGAUUCAGACUCGCCGAACUGUGAAGAAGGACUGGCAGGCUGCAUGGCUGUUGAAGGCUGUGACCUGCAUCGACCUCACCACUCUGUCUGGAGAUGACACGCCGUCCAACAUCCAUAGGCUCUGCUUCAAGGCAAAGCAUCCAAUCAGAGAGGAUCUCCUGCGUAGUGUUAAGAUGGAAGACAUUGACCUGAACACGGGCGCUGUGUGCGUCUAUCCAGCCCGUGUGCGAGACACGGUGAAGGCGCUGAAGGAUGUUGGCUGUAACAUACCUGUGGCAUCAGUGGCCACUGGAUUUCCAGCCGGACAGACCCAUCUGAAGACCCGCUUGGAAGAGGUCCGAAUGGCUGUAGACGAUGGUGCUUCUGAGAUUGAUAUUGUCAUCAACAGGACUCUGGCGCUUACCGGCCGCUGGAAUGAGUUAUAUGAAGAAAUUCGGUUGUUCCGAGAAGCUUGCGGAGAGGCGCACAUGAAAACCAUCCUGGGCACCGGAGAGCUCGGCUCUCUUACCAAUGUGUACAAGGCCAGUCUGGUCGCCAUGAUGGCUGGUUCUGAUUUCAUCAAAACAUCUACUGGAAAGGAAUCUGUGAAUGCCACAUACCCUGUUGCCUUAGUCAUGGUUCGCGCUAUCCGGGAUUAUUACUGGAAGACUGGCAUUAAGGUGGGCUUUAAACCUGCUGGAGGCAUCCGCAGUGCGAAGGAGGCUCUGGUCUGGCUGUCGCUGAUUAAGGAAGAGCUGGGCGAUGAGUGGCUGAUGCCAGAACUUUUCCGUAUCGGAGCCAGUACGCUGCUGGCGGAUAUUGAGNGGCAGAUCUACCAUCAUGUGACGGGGAGGUAUGCAGCGUACCAUGACCUUCCAAUGGCGUGAAUGGCCAAGAAACAUGUGGGCAAAAAAGCUGAAGGAAGAAAUGGGAGACUUAA